GGUGGCCGUCUUCCCCGUGAUCUUCGGUUUCAUCCCUGAGAUCCAAUUGCAGUUCUUGGGCGGGCUGUUGAUUCUCUUCGGUGCUCUUCAAAUUCGCAUGUGGCCCUGGCGCACGGAUUUGGCCAACUAUAUUGACCUCGUCAUCAGUUCUAUCCUGCAGGUGGUUUUGUUGGGUGUGGCCCCCAUGGUGACGCACGACGAAACCAAAUCCAUGAAGGCCAUGGGAUGGAUCUUGGCCGUCUCCGUAUUGAGUCCAUUGGUGGUGGGACUUGCGGCGAUUUGCUACUCAUGGUUGCGCCAUUAUCGCCCAGAGAAAUCCUUCGGAAUUUUCCUUUGCCACCACAAGGGGGGCGCAGGGAGCCUGUGCCGCUUACUCAAGUUGGUGGUGGCCAAACACAGCAACACGGAAGUCUUUUUGGACUCUGAUCAGUUGGAAGAUUUGGAUCUCAUCUUCGAUACCAUCCGCGUCAAGACCAAAAGUGUGGUGGUGGUGCUGACAUCUGACUUACUGAAGCGAAUGUGGUGUGCUGGUGAAAUUGUGACCGCCUGCAAGAAUCGUGUGCGCACUGUGCCAUUGAUUUGCGAUGGCUAUCAGCCCUUGAAAUUGGACACCAAGGAGGAGGAGAUCGAAACCUUUUGGACAGUGCAGCAGAAGCAGAUCUUGGCCUAUCAUGGUAUCAACAUGUCAGAUGUGCACUCCGCUUACCUCUGGCUCCGAGACGACUUGGAGCCACUUCACUUGGCGCGUUUUGGCACGCCCAGUCAGCGCGAAGAGGUGGUCAUUCAGAUGCUCUCCCGCACGGCUGUGGGGAUGCGACUCUUUCGGCCCUCGGUGGGUAAGAAAUCCAAAGUGAAGGCGCGGAUAUUGAUCACUGGCUCAGUGAGCGAUGCAGAGGCAUUGGCCACCUUGGAAGUCUUCCAGCAUUUGGUUACGAAGGAGAUGCAGAAAGAGUGCGCAGUGGUCCGCUCUGCCCGCGAAUUGCUCGCCUACAAACCCUGGGCCUACUACUUUGUAGUCCUCUUCUCUCGGGGCAUUCUGCAAGACCCUGGUUUCGCGGAGACCUUGCUGAGUACCUACGUGGAGGGCGUGGAGGGCGAAGAGCAGGAACGGCAAUUGGAGAUGGUCACGGUGAAUGCUGAUACAUCAUUCGAAUUUCCCAGCCCAGAAUUCCUCACUGAUUUGGAGAAGAAUGGUCUGGGACAUGUGGGUCCUGACCUCGGAGUUCCUUUGUCGCAGGCCUAUCGCGCGCUGCUGAAUGUCUUGGCAUUGCCAUUGUCACCAAUGGGCUCCGAGGGGCUACUGGAGAAGCAAGUGUCGGAGAUUUGUCGCCGCUUCCGGCGCUACAAAAACGCGGUGUUUGCAAUGGCCUUGGAUGAUGAGGAUGACCGAAAAACACCAGGUGAUGGCGUUGACCCAGAGGAAGUCUUGCACCUGUCGGCCGAAAAGGAGGACCCACUUCAUGAAAAAGGCCGAGACAGUGUAAAACGCCGCAUCGGUCAGUCCGUCGCCUGGACGGCUGCGGGUGCAUUGGUCGAGCUGGAAGCCGACUUGGAUCGUCGCAAAAUUUUCGACGUGGAAUCGGUGCCUUCUUUGCCUUCAGAUCAAAGUAAUCUCGAUGGGCCAGAUCCUCCCUUGGUGUCUGUGACCUUGGGAGACAGCGACGAAUAUUUGAUCAGAGAGCGGUUCUGAUAGGGAGAGCUCACCAGAUAUGGAG